AUGGUAGCUCAAGUUCCGGCUGCACUCAAAGCAGCCGACAUCACACAUUUCGCUCAUCGAGCAGCGCAACUGGAGAAACCCAAGCCCAUCAUAGCCUAUUGGUGCACAUACUGGAUGGUCAAUCAAAUCUUGUCAAAGGGCUUGCACAAUGCAGACCAAGAGAGCCUUGCCUAUACCACUGCACUGAUGGAUAAGUUGGAACAGUUCAAAGCUGAACAUGCCGAAGAACCCGCGGUCACCGAUGACAUUGCCGGAAAAGCAUAUGUUGAACAAUUUGGUCUGGAAACAUUUGAAAGAGCAGAUAAUGCAGUCAGAGCGAAUAAAGCUUCGAGGCAGACGGCGGACACAUUCCGAGCCUCAGCUACCUUCCUCGAGCUUCUUCAGAUCUGGGGCCCCGUUGAUCCCGAAAUCGCGGCCAAGAUCAAGUUUGCGAAAUUUCAUGCUGUGAGAAUAGCCAAAGCAUUGAAAGCUGGCGAAGAUCCAAAUUUGUCAAAUCCGAAGCCGCAAACUCCCACCGAGGAAACUUUGCCUGCUUUUGAUCUCGGUGACGCGGAUGUACAGGCUUUAGGAAGCAACGCCGGAAAACCGAGACAGCCUUCCGUGGUUGAAGUCCCAGACGAAGCCGACAAAGUACAGAGAGGCCUUGCGCAGAAAUCUAUAUUGGACGAGUCGUUACACCCAUCUAGAGACACAUCCAUGCCGCCACCAACAGCGAAAAAAGGUCAUCAGCCUUCUGUCGUGGACGUACCUGACGAAGCAGAUCGUGUCCAGCGUAGUCUUGCUAAGCAGUCCUCAAUUGACGAGUCCCUUCAUCCUUCUAGAGCACCAUCGCUAUCACGUACGCCGGCGAACGAUGUCUCACCCUUAGCAGCACAAGAUGCAGCCGCAUUUUAUACCAACCAGCCGGAGCCAGCAGAUAUCUCACCACUGGAUCCCCCCACGAAUCGAAAGCCGUCAAUAGGAGGGGAUUACUUUCCCAGGGCACCUUCUCCACCAACACCAGAACUUCCUUCAGCUCCGACAAUGGCGGGGGGGCCUACUGUAGCUUCUCCGACAACAGAUCUCGCGGGAGGUGCUCCAGGCUUGCCUUCAGCCCCUUCAGAACCUUCACUCGCUUCGGGGCGAAGCUCGCUUGCGACUCUAAACCAACUGAGUCGCCAAUCUCCACCUCCACCACCACAUCGACAUGGACAAUUUCUUCCUCAAGCUGCUCCCGGUCAACCGCCCCAAAUCCCUCCGAAUUUCCAACCACAAGCUCCAAUACCUCAGAUUCCUCAAAAUCCUCCACAACUGCGACAGGCUCAUGGAGCUGUCCCUCCUGUUCCUCCACCGCAACAAGUCAUAACCUCAUCGCCGGUCUAUCCUGCAUAUCCUGUGCCAGCAGCCCCAUCCACACAACCAGUCAACGUGGUGGUUGAUGAAGAAGCAAUGAUGACGGCUCAGAAGCAUGCACGAUGGGCAAUCUCGGCUCUAAAUUUUGAGGAUGUACCCACUGCUAUCAGAGAGUUGCGAGGCGCAUUGGCUUCAUUGGGCGCGACGUAA